GAUAAAGGGCGAAGACAAAACAACAACAAAUCGCCUUCUGAGAUUUACAGCAGAAAAUUAACAAGUGUUUCACGGCGAGUUCCACGGUCCCGUGUACGGGAGAAUUUUGAUUCUACUGAAUGACAAUUCGCACCCCGCUUUGAGCAUCGCCAUAGAGUUGGUUCCAUCCGUGUUAGGGUAGCAGAGAGCAGCUAGUACCGCGCCUGUCGGCAAGCCUGGUUGAAAUGGCUAACGAUCGUGAAAUUCUGCGUGAGAUCUGGGAGGGCAAAAUUCCGGUCCACUUCCAGCUCUCGUCAGACGAGACGGACGUCGAGCCGGAGGAGUUCUUUCUCUUGAUACCAAGACUCAGCUACUUUCCACUAGUCACUGAUAAGGUUCGAAAGCAUUUUCUCCGAUUCCUAUCGAACGAGCUGCAGGAUGGGGAGAUGUGGUUGGAUAGCAACGGGACUCCGCUCAAGUGGCACUAUCCUAUCGGGGUGCUGUUCGAUCUUCUAGUCAGCAGCGAUGCCAUUCUUCCCUGGCACAUCACAGUCCAUUUCUCUAAAUUCCCAGAGGAGAUUUUAUUUAGAUGCCCAAACAAGGAUAUUGUUGAAGCACAUUUCAUGUCUAGUCUGAAGGAAGCCGAUGUGCUGAAGCACCGUGGUCAGGUGGUAUCCGCAAUGCAGAAGAAGGAUCACAAUCAGUUAUGGCUAGGCUUAGUUAAUGAUAAGUUUGAUCAAUUUUGGGCUGUCAAUCGCAGACUAAUGGAACCUAUUCCAGACCAGGAUGGUUUCAAGCACAUUCCAAUAAGAUGUUACGCAGAGGACGGUUCCUAUCAGCAAAAACUAGUCGCACCGAGCACCGAAACAGGCCAGAAACGCACCCUCCAGGAUCUGCUAGAAGACUUCUCGACACCUGUCCGAAAAGCAGUGGAAGCCCGAACCCAUGGCGUCAGUGUACCGGAAAGCACUCCACUGCAGUGGCUCUCGGAGCAUCUGAGCUAUCCGGACAAUUUUCUCCACCUCUGUCUGGUGUACGCUUAGGACCGUCAAGCCAGACCGACGAUCCGGGCUGUGAACUGAGUGAAUGAGAAGCCAAGACACGCCGGAAAGAAUCUGCAAUGAACCAUGUUAUAUUCCAUACUAGGACGAGCCAUCGAUCUAUAUAUACAAACACACUCAAAAAAAAAAAAAAAAAGAAAAACAACAAAUGAAGAGGGCGUAAGUGUACCGUAUGAAUAAGUUUUUUUCCUCUCUCAGUUAUAUUUUUUUAAAACGAAACACAAAUGACACAUACAAACAGACACAAAAACACACGACACAACACAACACAUAUAUUUAAUAUUUAAGCUUAAUUAAUAUUAUAAUGCGUAGCGUAUUGUCAUAUAAAUUGCCGCUUUUACCUCGUUGUCACUAUAAUAUUGUAUUAUCUUCUGGUUUUCACCGACGCGAUCAAAACUUGGUUCUGAACCGUGGUAAGUCAAGCGGGGUGAAGGGGCGAAGCGAAUCGUAGGAGCAGUGAAGAUAGAAAAGUAGAAGGAAAACAACACAAAACAACAAAAAAUCAGUGAAGAAUGAAACACGGUGAUGAUGAUAAUAAAGAUCAACUGAAACUGAUUUGAGCUGCGAGAGCGCG